AUGUCUAGUAGUUGGACUUGUGUAACCUGUACCUUUGCCGAUAAUCCUGUGGAGUUCCUAACAUGCUCCGUUUGUGGCACUCCUCAGGCAUCAGUAGCCGCCUGCAGGGCGAAUUGGGAAAAAACAGAACAACAACCUCCUUCUGCUUGCCAGGAUGAUUGCUGGGUUUGUCAAGUGUGCACUUUUGCCGGCAACUCCAAGAAUCAGAGUCAGUGCAUCAUGUGCAAUGAAGUCAGUGAAUCUCCACUGGAGGAAAGAGCAGAGGAAGAAGGGCCGAUCCAAGCAGCAUCUCUGGAUACUGGGGAUUCAACUGGAUGCAAUAAAAUUGACGAAACCCCAUCUCCCGGCGACAAACUGGGGGAUCCUCCUGAGCAUAGGGAUGCUGUUGCGAGUGCUCAUGCAGCUUCACUGUUGUUGGAGAAGAAAGCAAGAGAAGAAGAGCAACAACAGGUAUCAAAUCAGGAUACUGAUUCCUCUGGAUCCGCCAACAAAGAAACCCAUUUACCCAGCAACAUGAAACAGCAUGGGGCAAGCCCGGAGACGGUGGGGCAUGCAGUUCCAGAUCUUUCCAUGUUUGGACAGCCCACGGUGGAACAGGAAAACAGUGCCCUCCAGCAGCGACGACAGCACGCGGAGGAAGAGCUAAGAUGGCUUUGGAAGCUCUUCUCAACCAAUGACAACUCAGACCCGGUCUCCCCUGAGGGUUCUUUCUUGGGUAUCUUGAUGCGGGUUCUGCAUUUGGCACUGGUGAACCAAAAAGUUCGAAAUGAGUUGGUCCUCUUGGAUGCAUUUGAGCCUUUGCUGUUGGCGUUUCAAAGUGCCCAAAACAAAACGGAGAAAGUCCUUUCUGCACUAAUUGUGGCCGUUCUUGUCGACUCUGAUCCAUCCAUUUGGAACUUUACUCAUACAAGACAACGGCUAAUUGAAGCAUGCCUGACCUAUUUGGACGGACUGGAAGCAGAGGUUGGAUUAGUGGACUUGGGACCAGGUUUUGCUGAUUUUCCGUUGUUGUCCGAAUUGCUCCCAGAUGCCAAGACUGCAUGUAGCCAGCGGCAGGCCUUGUGCAAGACACCUUCUGGGAACGACGAUGCUUUUGAUAUUCAUGUAAGGUUUGAAGCAGCGUUUUGGUGUCUGAAGGAAGCUGAUGAGAAGCACCACUUCAAGGGUAGAGAGGGCUUGUCUCAACUGGAGACAGGUGCCAUCAGAGUAUUGGGAUUGACACACAGCGCUCCGGGGCUUGUUUAUCAAGUUUUCCCUCUGCUGGCUAAAGCGGUGGCCGAAGUAAACCGAGACGACAGACUGGCGUCGACUUUAGCGGCAGUUGCAGUCGUCUAUACCAUACCCUUCCUUGCAGACUUCAUGCUGGCAAGCAACCAGGAAAACAUCAAUACCUGCAUAAAGUUCUUGCAGGACAACCCCCUACCGGUGCAGGGUGAUGUCGUCUACAUCGGAGCAUACGAACUAGCUCAGAAGGAAAUUGAUUUUGCACUUCUGCUAGCUCGCGGUGAAGUGGAUGCAGACGGUGUGGACGCUAUGACUUGGAUUUCAUCACAAAAGGACAAUCUGCACGCCCUCCUUUGCUACCUCCAAUCACCAAACGAAACUGCACAGCUCGCUGCGGCAAGUGCCCUGAUGAAAUUGGCAGAAGAAAGCCAAAAUACACGACAAAACAUGAGGCAUUUUGGAGCAUGCCACAUCCUGAAGGACUUGCAUGGGAAAGCGACCUCCAAACCAGGUGUUCAAGUCUGUUUGGAGUUGAUUGCCUUGCGUCUGCUGGAAGCGAACAGUUUUAUUGCCUGGACGCUAAAUUUGUCUAUUUGGUAUGUGGAUGUCCUGGAGAACCUGAUCCAUCAUUCAAGAGUUGACGUAAUGAGCAACCAACAGUACGGUUGGCUCUUGGAAAAGUGCAAUGCAGGGCGAGAAGGCCUGGCUUGGCAUCAUAAUCGCUUCUUGAAGGAGAAGGAGAGCGUCCUGACAAUAUAUCGACGCCGAUUCUUUCCUAUCACGACCUCGACCAUGUCCCCUUCGCAACUUUACAACGCCAGAAAGCCUGCGACUGGUACGGAAUACGAUUUGACGGAUAUCUACCAGCGAAAGGAUGCAGUCGCUUUGCUGCGCCUCUAUGGCGUUGGCAGCAUCAGAGUGCUGGAUGCAUCCCUGGUGCUCUUGGCACUAGUGGAAUCCUCCAAAGAGGCCAGAAAUCGCAUACGUGAAUGCGUUGGUGAAAAGAUUCUUCUGGCCAAGUUUCCCACGCAAGUGGAUGCACAGUCAGAGUUGUUACGCGCAACGGUUAGCUUGAUCCUCGACAAGCUAUCGGAAGAGGGGUAUGAUCUUGAACUGACGGCUGAGCAAACCAGUCGCAUCACAUACGACACUGCGUCUCUUGCAUUUCGUGUUCGUGGAAAGAUUCAGAAUAUCUUCAGUGACCCGUCGGGCUUGGUUCGUCUGAGCCCCACGAUGCAUGGCCCGGCAAGGUACAUUGGUGUGGCAACAGUUGUUCUACUUACUUCUCUUGGGGUUUCGCUGCAAAGCACCUCGAACUCAACGAAGGAGAACUCAAUAUACUUUCACGAUAUGGUGUCGUGCAGGACACUCGAGGAUGCAACUAGAGUGUGUAUUCAGUGCAAGGAAACGGCAUUUACCUUGUCUUUUGGAUCCGCGGAAGCGGCGGCUGGGCUAGUUGAAGACGUCAACAGUCGAUUCAUUGUGGCGGAAAAGACCAAGAGUGACCCGGCAGAGGCUUUGAGAGUGCACAACGUAGCGUUUGCCGACGACCCUGAAUUCCUCGGAGUCAGUGCAUACCAUCUGAAGAGUGUUUUUCUGACGAAAGUUGUCGAUACAAAAGGUCUUUCAACGAGGUCCAAGUUCUAUGAGGUGGAAAACCUUUUUAGCGACAAUGGUUUUGUUCGAGAGCAGGGGGCAGCAACUGUUUGUCCAGUUGAUGGUAGGUGCGGUUCCGCGUAUGUCCACACUCUGGCCGGAGAAGAUCACGUUGGCCCCGCGACUCUCAUGCUUAGCUGGACCUGGAGUUACACUGUGAAAGACGUUGUCGAGACAAUUGACGAAUUCUGCAGAAAGAACAAAUUCGACCGUAGAAGGACAUACAUUUGGAUAUGUUGUUUGUGCCUGAAUCAACAUCGGAUUGUGGAAUCCAACAAGUCCGGAAUGGCCGAUCAGAAAGCUUUGGAUUUCGAGGCAGCGUUUCGGAGUAGGGUGGUCGCCGUAGGUCGCGUUAUAAGCAUGAGCACUCCAUGGGAAAACCCCGCCAACCUGCGCCGCAUCUGGUGCCUGUACGAGAUCUUUAUUUGUCUCCAGGAGAGUGUUGAGCUAUCAAUCGUGAUGCCACCACGGCAAAGUGACAGGUUUGCCAUUCAAUUUUUCAAAUGCCAGGACUCCCUCUUUCAGGCGCUUUGCAACGUUGACGUGGAAAGAGCAGAGGCAUCUGUCGAGAGCGACAGAGACACAAUCCUAGAAUUGGUUCGAGAAGGGAAGGGAUUCGCGGAGGUCAACUCGAGUGUGCGGGAGCACAUGCGAGCCUGGGUUCGGGGAGUCAUGGCCGAAAUAGUUUCCUUACGACAAAACGCUGAAGCGGCGAAUGACGAGCCAUUGGGGGCGUCACAGGCUGCUUCCACAUCGUUCUACAAAGAGGCUGGGAACGUUUACGAGCUGUUUGGGGACUACGAUGCAGCCCUAAGUAUGCGGAAGAAGGUCUCGUCGCGGGACGAACCGUUGCAUGGACUCGAAGCUGCCGAAUGGUAUGCCGACGUUGGCGCCACCUUGCGGACAAGAUCGUGGGGUGAAGCACUUGGCAUGCUGAAGAAGUCAGUCCAUCUAUAUGAAGAAGAGCUAGGCAACAAAAGCCAAGAAACUGCGAAGCUUUACUUUCAGUUGGGCACGUUGUACCAAGAAAUGAAGCUUACAUUGGAUGCAUUGGCGUAUUUGCAGAAAGCACUUGAAGCACGCGAAGAAAGCCUUGGUAGCAAUCAUCGUGACACUGCCAUUGCACGCUGUCAUGUCAGCGUUCUUACUGCCGAAGUUGAUGGAACAUCAGUUGAAGAUGCAAUCCAAAAAGCAUACGAAUCCCUCUCCAUUCUUCUCGCUGCAGUGGGGCCGAAUAAUCCUGACACAGCCGUCGGUGCCUUGCAGCUCUGUUUGUUCAACUCCACAACAAGAAGGUUGAGAUUCGGAGAUGUUGCUCUUGACGAAAUGAAUAAGUGCAUCGCUAUCCAGGAGACAACCAUAGGGAGGAAACACCCAAAUUUUGCAAAGUCUUUGAUCCAGAGAGGCGAGAUCUAUCGCCUUUUGGGAAAAUUGAACGAAGCUGAACAAGACUUCCAGGCUGGACUUGGAAUCCAGAGAGCAACUCUGGCGGAAGGACACGUGGACAUUGCCCUAUCCCUUGCUCAGCUAAGCGUGCUUGCAUGUACACGGGGAGAAAUGGAUGCUGGCACGGGCAUGCAUUUGCGUAGCCAAGCAAUUGACGCGUUGAAGGCCGGGAACAACGCCGCACCGGAGGCUAAGACGGACUCCGACAACUUGUUCAUGCCAAUACGAAGGACCCAUAUUGUGUCAGAUGUCUUCUUUCAAGUUGGAAAGGAGCGUCUUACAAAAGGCUUCCCAAGAGAGGCCCUUUUGAUUUUGGAAUUAGGGGUGUCCGUGGUUGAGAGAAGUUUCCCAAGCAGUAGCGACAUGGUCCCAGGUUACUAUGAGAUGGUACAGACGAUUCGAGAGGCAAAUCUGGCAGUACAGAACCAGAGGGAAGCCCAUGUGGUGAAUGAGUUGAAAAACGAAGGCAACCAAGAAUCUUCGGAAAAGGAAGAAUCGACGACAGAUUUUGUGCUGGCUUCUGCUUCACCGCAUCCCUGA